UCGCCAUUUUAAGUGGGUAAAAUGUAAACAUUUAUUACAGUUUAUGAAGGAAUUUCUGUGUAGUUUAUGAUGUUAAAGCUGGAGGAUUUGAGAACCUGUAUCUUGUAAAAGUUCGAUCAAGAGUCAGUGGAGGAGAUCAAACUCAUCAGAUUUACCUGCAGCUUUAUCAUGGGUGAUUCACAAGGAUCCAGAGAUGGAGAUUUUUCUCCAGGAUGCAGUUCAGUCCAGCAGAAGAGCUCAAACCCAGAGUACAGCUGUGUGUCUAUGAAGAGUAACUGCUCUAUGUUUGAGCCACCAAUGUUUAAGAGUGGAAACACACAGCCUCUUCUCAGGUCAAAUCUCCUAUCCAGACCAGUUAAAAACAAAAUUGUGUGCAUGCCUGUGAUUCAACCACAGGACUUUAAUGAAAUCACAUAUCCUGGUUUCAGCCAUGACUCUAAACUUGCUGAAGUCCUCAACACAUUGAGAUCAAAUCUGAGAAGGAAGUUUGAGUGUUUGUAUGAGGGAAUGUCAAAGCAGGGAAAUUCAACACUCCUGAAUGAGAUCUACACAGAACUCUACAUCACAGAGAGUGAAAGUGGAGAUGUCAUUAAUGAGCAUGAGGUGAGACAGAUUGAGACACAGUCCAGAAGAGCAGAAACAGAGGACACACCGAUCAAAUGCAAUGAAAUCUUUAGACCUUUACCAGGACAAGACAAACCCAUCAGAACUGUGCUGACAAAGGGAGUUGCUGGCAUUGGAAAAACAGUCUCUGUGCAAAAGUUUAUCCUGGACUGGGCUGAAAGGAAAGAGAAUCAGGAUGUCCAGCUCAUAAUUCCACUUCCUUUCAGAGAGCUCAACCUGAUGAAGGACAAAACAUUCAGUCUUUCAGAUCUUCUUCAUGUCUUUUUCCCUGAAACAAAAGAAAUGGAAAUAUUCAGUGAUAAGUAUAAAGUUUCCUUCAUCUUUGAUGGUCUGGAUGAGUGUCGCCUGUCUCUGGAUUUUCAGAGCGAUGUGAGGUUGUGUGAUGUGACUGAAUCAGCCUCAGUGGACGUGCUGCUGACAAACCUCAUUGCAGGGAAUCUGCUUCCCUCUGCUCUCAUCUGGAUCACCUCCAGACCAGCAGCAGCUGAUCUCAUCCCCACUGAGUAUGUCCAUCGAAUGACAGAGGUACGAGGCUUCAGUGACUCACAGAAGGUGAAAUACUUCAGGAAGAGAAUCAGUGAUCAUAGUCUGGCCGAUAGGAUCAUUAGACACCUGAAGUCAUCAAGGAGCCUCUUUAUUAUGUGUCACAUCCCAGUGUUCUGUUGGAUCGCAGCCACUGUUCUAGAGAAGAUGUUGAGUGAAGCAGAGAUUGGAGAGAUUCCCAAGACUCUCACUCAAAUGUACACACACUUCCUGAUGAUUCAGACCAACAUCAAACAUGAGAAGGAUUAUGGGAAGAAAGUGAAAAAUGAAGACAUGAUUGUCAAACUGGGGAAACUGGCUUAUCAGCAGCUUGUUAAAGGCAACCUGAUCUUCUAUGAGGAAGACCUGAGAGAGUGUGGCAUUGAUGUGACAGAAGCAUCAGUGUACUCAGGAUUGUGCACUCAGAUCUUCAGAGAGGAGUUGGGCUUGUAUCAGGGGAAUGUCUUCUGCUUUGUUCAUCUGAGCAUUCAGGAACAUCUAGCAGCACUAUAUGUGCAUCUUUCCUUUAUAAACAAUAACAUCAAUGUGUUUGACCAGAUUACCAAACCAACUAAUGGAGAUAAAGUUUCACUAUCUGAUCUCCAUGAGAGAGCUGUGAAUGAGGCUUUAGACAGUAAAAAUGGGCAUCUGGACCUUUUUCUUCGUUUCCUUCUGGGUCUGUCAUUGAAGUCUAAUCAGAUUCUCUUACAAGAACUAAUGACACAGACAGGAAACAGCUCUCACAACAAUAGGAAAACAGUUGACCAUAUUAAAGAAAAGAUCAGGGAAAAUCCCUCUCCUGAUAAAUACAUCAACCUGUUUCACUGUCUGAAUGAACUGGGUGAUCUUUCACUAGUGAACGAAGCUGAACAUAUGAGCUAUGGAGAUUUACAUAAAGUGAAACUCUCCUCAUCUCAGUGGUCAGCUUUAGUUUUUGUGUUGUUGUCCUCAGAUCAGGCAAUGCAUGAAUUUAGGCUGAGCGACUUAAUUGGAAAAGAAGAAACAUGUGAUGGAUCUGUCACCCUGAAAGCACAAAAUACAGCAGAUGAAAUUCUUCAGAAGCUGCUGCCUGUGGUUAGAGCAACUAGAUCAGUUCAUUUGGAUAAUUGUAGUGUCACAGAUGAAGGUUGGGCUACUUUGGCUUCAGCUCUAAGAUCAAACCCCUCACACCUGAGAGAACUGAAUCUGACUUGGAAUAAACUAGGAGACCCAGGAGUGAAGUUGCUCUCUACUGUACUGGAGAAUCCUCACUGUAAACUGCAAAGACUGUGGUUGAGUGAGUGUGGUGUCACAGAUGAGGGUAAUGCUGCUCUGGCUUCAGCACUGAGAUCAAACCCCUCACACCUAAGACAACUGAAUCUGUCAUUUAAUAAAAUAGGAGACUCAGGAGUGAAGCUGCUCUCUGUUGGACUGGAGAAUCAUUGUAAACUGGAGUUUCUGGGGUUGGGUCAAUGUGGUGUCACAGAUGAAGGUUGUGCUGCUCUGACUUCAGCUCUGAGAUCAAACCCCUCGUAUCUGAGAGAACUUAAACUGUCAUAUAAUAAUAUAGGAGAUUCAGGAGUGAAGCUGCUAUCUACAGGACUGGACAAUCCUCAAUGUAAACUGGAGAGUCUAGAGUUGGCUGAUUGUGGUGUCACAGAUGAAGGUUGUGCUGCUCUGGCUUCAGCCCUGAGAUCAAACCCCAAACACCUGAGACUAAUGGAUCUGUCUCAGAAUAAACUAGGAGACUCAGGAGUGAAGCUGCUCUCUGCUGUACUGGAGAAUCCUCACUGUAAUCUGGAGGAACUGUGGUUGAUGGAUUGUGGUGUCACAGAUGAAGGUUGUGCUGCUCUGGCUACAGCUCUGAGAUCAGACUCCUCACACCUGAGAGUACUGAAUCUGUCUGAGAAUGAACUAGGAGAGUCAGGAGAGAAGCUGCUCUCUGAUGUGGAGUAUAAACUGGAGAUAAUAAUGACUAGUAUUACAUUCUUAUAGUCUGAUCCUCGAUGAACAUCUGAUAAUGAAUAAGGAUCCACUACAGAGACUCACAGUCAACAGAAUCAACAGAGACUGAAGAUAGAGUGACUUCACUGUUAUAAAUAAAGACUUCAUUUAGAUUUCAACGAUCCUCUGACAGACACGAUGAGAUGGCAGUAUAACACCUUUAUUUCAGAGCAGCAAAUUACAGUUUUUCAUUUAUAGAUUAACCAUUUUAUUUGUAUAAAAGUACAGUAUAAAUUCAAAAAUGUUGGAAUUUUGUUACAGAGAACAUAAAGAGCUUGAAUAUGUUUGUGUUUGUGUUGUACCAGCAGAAGGAGACAAAGACUAAUGAAAAAUGUAUUUUUCAUGAUUAUGAAAACAAACAAACAAAACAACAACAACAACAACAAAACAGUUCAAGCUCAAAUGAAGAGAACACCUUGUGAAAUAGAUUGAGAUUGAAUACAUCUUAAAAUGCUCUCAGAUUUGAACAAUGUGCAGUGAGACAAAGCCAUAAUGCUGUGAUUACAUGUUCAAUCUGAUUUAUUGACAUUUGCUUGUUCUGUAACCGCUACCCCUUCUAGGUCUAAGUUACACAGAAUCGGGAAAAGCUUGUACUAUUUUUGUUAUGUUUUUCAAUAAUGGUCAUAAAAGCUACAGACCAAUAAAUGAAGUAAAAUACCA